AUGGGGAAUUCAUAUGCUGGGCAACUGAAAUCUGCUCGAUUUGAGGAAGCUCUCCACAACUCCAUAGAAGCCUCUCUCAGAUGUAGUAGUGUGGUACCACGGCCCAUCUUUUCCCAACUGUACUUGGACCCUGAUCAGCAUCCCUUCUCAUCUGCAGAAUGUAGAAGCCGACAAUCCUCUGCUUCUUGCCACUCUGUUAAACCAAACUCUUCAGUGUCAUCAACUGUGACCCCAGAAAAUGGGACAACUAAUGGAUACAAAUCAGGAUUCACUCAGACAGAUGCUGCUAAUGGAAACAGUAGCCAUGGAGGGAAAAGCAGUGCGUCCAGCUCCACUCCAGCCCGCCCAGGGAACUACUCUUUGUCACCAAGACCUAGCUAUGCCGCAGGAGACCAAGCUACAAUGUUCACUUCUGGGCCACCGAAGAAACGACACCGGGGGUGGUAUCCUGGGUCACCUGUCCCCCAACCUGGUUUAGUUGUACCUGUCCCUGCAGUUCGCCCUCUUUCAAGAACUGAGCCCCUUUUAUCUGCCCCAGUUCCACAGACCCCAUUAACUGGAAUUUUACAACCUCGGCCCAUUCCUGCAGGGGAAACUGUAAUUGUUCCUGAAAACCUGCUGAGUAACUCAGGAGUUAGACCAGUCAUUCUGAUAGGCUAUGGCACUUUACCCUAUUUCUAUGGAAAUGUUGGCGACAUUGUUGUGAGUCCUCUGCUGGUGAAUUGCUACAAGAAUCCACAGUUGGAAAACAAAGAUUUGGAACAAUUAGGGUUGACUGGCAGCCAACUUCUGAGCGUGGAAAACAUGAUCCUUCUAACGAUACAGUAUCUUGUGCGGCUCGGUCCUGAUCAGAUACCUCUCAGGGAAGACUUUGAGCAAAUCAUGCUGAAAGCUAUGCAGGAAUUUACUCUGAGAGAGAGAGCCCUGCAGAUAGGUGCUCAGUGUGCACCUGUGUCGCCAGGACAGCUUCCCUGGCUUGCGAGAUUAAUUGCCAGCGUAUCUCAAGACUUGGUUCAUGUGAUUGUGACCCAGAACUCUUUGGCAGAGGGCAUUUCAGAGACACUGAGGACUCUCAGUGAAAUGAGACACUAUCAAAGGCUACCGGACUAUGUUGUGGCAAUUUGUGCAUCGAAAAUCAGAGGAAAUGAAUUUUGUGUGGUAGUGUUAGGCCAGCAUCAGUCCCGAGCGCUGGCAGAGAGCAUGCUCACCACAAGUGAGUUUUUGAAAGAAAUUAGUUAUGAGCUCAUCACAGGAAAGGUCAGUUUCCUGGCAUCGCAUUUCAAAACCACGUCAUUAGGCGAUGACCUAGACAAGCUGCUAGAAAAAAUGCAACAAAGAAGAGGAGACAGUGUGGUUACCCCCUUCAACGGAGACCUUAACGAAUGUGUGUCACCCCAGGAGGCUGCUGCUAUGAUACCCACGCAAAGCCUGGAUUUAGAUAAUGAAACCUUCCAAAUUUAUCAACCACAGCUCACAGUGGCCAGAAAACUCUUAUCCCAGGUGUGUGCUAUAGCAGACAGUGGCAGCCAGAGCCUGGACCUCGGUCACUUCAGCAAAGUGGACUUCAUCAUCAUCGUCCCAAGGUCGGAGGUGUUGGUCCAGCAAACUCUUCAACGGGUUCGACAGUCAGGAGUCCUUGUGGACUUGGGUCUGGAGGAGAAUGGGACUGCUCAUCAGAGAGCAGAGAAAUAUGUUGUUCGCCUGGACAAUGAGAUUCAAACCAAGUUUGAAGUUUUUAUGAGGAGGGUAAAACAGAACCCAUACACACUGUUUGUGCUAGUUCAUGACAACUCCCAUGUGGAACUAACGAGUGUCAUUUCAGGCUCUUUGUCCCAUGGUGAACCCAGUCAUGGAUUGGCUGAUAGAGUCAUUAAUUGCAGAGAAGUUCUGGAAGCUUUCAACCUCCUGGUGCUCCAGGUUAGCUCCUUUCCAUACACACUACAGACCCAACAGUCCCGAAUCAGCUCCAGCAACGAGGUUCACUGGAUACAGCUGGACACCCUGGAGGACGUGGGCUGCGAGGAGAAGCUGUACUUCGGCUUGAAUGAGUACAGCAAGUCUCUGCAGUGGGGGAUCACAAGCCCACUUCUGAGAUGUGACGAGACUUUUGAAAAAAUGGUGACCACACUCUUGGAGAGGUACCCCAGGCUGCACAGCAUGGUCGUCCGCUGCUACCUUCUCAUCCAGCAGUACUCUGAGGCUCUGAUGGCUCUCACCACCAUGGCGUCACUCCGAGACCACAGCACACCGGAAACACUCAGCAUUAUGGAUGACCUCAUCAGCUCCCCAGGAAAAAACAGAAGUGGGAGGGGACACAUGCUCAUUAUCAGGGUGCCCUCAGUGCAGCUGGCGAUGUUAGCCAAGGAGCGGCUGCAGGAGGUGCGGGACAAGCUGGGUCUGCAGUAUCGGUUUGAGAUCAUCCUUGGGAACCCGGCCUCUGAACUCAAUGUUGCAACGCACUUUGUGGCGCGAUUAAAGACUUGGAGAGGAAAUGAACCAGAAGAGUGGAUCCCUCGGACAUAUCAAGAUUUAGAAGGUCUGCCUUGUAUAGUGAUAUUAACUGGCAAAGAUCCUCUUGGAGAAACUUUUCCCAGGUCUUUGAAGUACUGUGACCUCCGGUUAAUUGACUCAAGCUAUUUAACUCGAACGGCCUUGGAGCAGGAGGUGGGUCUGGCAUGCUGCUAUGUCUCAAAAGAGGUCAUCCGGGGACCCACUGUCGCCCUGGACCUCAGUGGGAAGGAGCAGGAGAGAGCUGCUGUCAGCGAGAACGACUCUGAUGAACUGCUGAUCGACCUGGAGCGGCCCCAGAGCAACAGCAGUGCUGUCACUGGAACCUCGGGUUCCAUCAUGGAGAAUGGGGUAAGCUCUUCCAGCACGGCUGACAAGUCCCAGAAGCAGUCCUUGACCCCCAGCUUCCAGAGCCCAGCCACCAGUGUAGGGCUGGAUGAAGGGGUCUCCGCCGGCAUAGCCGGAGCUGGGGAGGCUCUAAAGCAGGAGUGCGAUUCCCUGGGUCCCCAGAUGGCGAGCAGCACCACCUCGAAGCCUUCGUCAUCCUCCUCGGGACCCAGGACCCUUCCAUGGCCAGGACAGCCUAUCAGAGGCUGUAAGGGCCUGCAUGCGGCCCUGCCACCAAUAGUGAUCUUAUCCAAAGCUGCCUACAGCCUUCUGGGCUCCCAGAAGGGUGGCAAGCUGCCGUCCUCCUCGUCCCUGCUGCCCCAUGCUGAUGUGGCCUGGGUGAGCUCCCUGCGGCCAUUGCUGCACAAGGACAUGAGCAGUGAGGAGCAGUCCCUCUACUACAGGCAGUGGACCUCUGCCCGGCAGCACCACGCCGACUACAGCAACCAGCCGGACCUGGCCUCUGGCACCCGGACCUUCCACCCCCGGCGGCUGCUGCUGACUGGGCCUCCCCAGGUGGGAAAGACUGGCUCCUAUUUACAGUUCCUUAGGAUCCUCUUCCGCAUGCUCAUCAGGCUCCUGGAGGUGGAUGUGUACGACGAGGAGGAGAUCAACGCCGAUCACAGUGAAAGCAGUGAAGUGAGCCAGUCAGAGGGAGAGCCGUGGCCUGACAUCGAGAGCUUCAGUAAAAUGCCUUUCGACGUCAGUGUGCAUGAUCCCAAGUACAGUUUGAUGAGCCUGGUAUAUACUGAGAAGCUGGCAGGGGUCAAACAAGAAGUAAUAAAGCAAUCCAAAGUUGAGGAACCCAGGAAACGAGAAACUGUGUCCAUGAUGCUGACCAAAUAUGCAGCCUACAACACUUUUCACCACUGUGAGCAGUGCCACCAGUACAUGGACUUCACCUCUGCCUCCCAGAUGUCUGACUCCACCCUUCAUGCCUUCACAUUCUCUUCCUCUAUGCUGGGAGAAGAGGUUCAGCUCUAUUUCAUCAUUCCCAAAUCCAAAGAGAGUCAUUUUGUCUUCAGCAAGCAGGGCAAACACCUGGAGAGUAUGCGGCUGCCCCUGGUUUCAGACAAGAAUUUGAAUGCAGUCAAGAGCCCUAUUUUCACUCCUUCCAGUGGUCGCCAUGAGCAUGGACUCCUAAACCUUUUCCACGCUAUGGAGGGCAUCAGCCACCUUCACCUUCUGGUGGUCAAAGAAUAUGAGAUGCCGCUGUACCGCAAGUACUGGCCCAACCACAUCAUGCUGGUGCUUCCCGGCAUGUUCAAUAAUGCAGGCGUGGGUGCUGCCAGGUUCCUCAUUAAGGAGCUGUCAUAUCACAACCUAGAACUGGAGAGGAACCGCCUGGAGGAGCUGGGAGUUAAACGGCAGUGUGUCUGGCCUUUCAUUGUUGUGAUGGAUGACUCGUGUGUCCUGUGGAACAUUCACAGUAUUCAGGAGCAGACCAGCCAGCCCAUGGAAGCAGGAAUUUCCAGUAAGAAUGUGUCCUUGAAGAGUGUCUUGCAGCAUAUUGAAGCCACACCAAAAAUUGUCCACUACGCACUCUUGGGCAUACAGAAAUGGAGCAGCAAGCUGACUUCUCAGAACCUAAAGGCCCCAUUUUCUAGGUGCCACGUGCACGAUUUCAUUCUCCUCAACAUAGAUUUGACUCAGAAUGUGCAGUAUGAUUUCAACAGGUAUUUCUGUGAAGAUGUUGACUUUAACCUGAGAACAAACAGUAGUGGCCUGCUCAUCUGCCGCUUUAAUAACUUCAGUCUCAUGAAGAAACAUAUUCAGGUUGGCGGGCAAAGGGACUUUAUCAUUAAACCAAAGAUCAUGGUGUCAGAGAGCUUAGCACCCAUCUUGCCCCUUCAGUACAUCUGUGCUCCUGACAGUGAACACACGCUACUGGCGGCCCCUGCACAGUUUCUCCUGGAGAAAUUCCUUCAGCACGCUUCAUAUAAACUCUUCCCCAAAGCCAUCCGUAACUUCAAGAGUCCUGUGCUGGCCAUUGACUGCUACCUUAACAUUGGACCGGAGGUGGCCAUAUGCUACAUCAGCUCCAGACCCCACUCCAACAAUGUCAAUUGUGAAGGGGUGUUUUUCAGUGGACUCCUCUUGUACCUCUGUGACUCUUUUGUAGGUGCUGAUCUUCUUAAGAAAUUUAAGUUUCUAAAAGGUGCUACCCUGUGUGUCAUCUGCCAAGACAGAAGCUCCUUACGCCAAACAAUUGUCCGCUUAGAGCUAGAGGAUGAAUGGCAGUUCCGUCUCCGGGAUGAGUUUCAAACUGCUAACAGCAGUGAUGACAAGCCUCUCUACUUUCUAACUGGACGCCAUGUAUGAGCUUUUGACAAGACCAAAAAUAGCAAGGGGAUGCCUGGGCGGGGUGGGACAGAAACAAUUCUUUGGGAUUUUUUUUCCUUUAAAGUACAAUCACUGUGGAGCAAAGUGCAACAUAUUUUGUCUAUUCUCCAAAGAACUCCCCAAAUCUGACCCAGGUCUUUGGGGAUAUCACUUUCCUUCACUUCCAAUUACAGGACCUUAAGUUCACGUAAACUCCACCCUAGGCAGUUAUGCAAUUAAGAUAUGGUCUGCCCAUGGGAUCCUAAGGAAGAUAUACUUUGGAGAAUGAACAUGGAGUUUGCAUUGUUUUUUCUACUACACCAUGUGAGGAGGAAACUGGCUUUCAGCAUUAGCUAGCCUGAAUGUGUUACAUGAGACUCACACCAGUGGUGUGGAAUUAAUUGAAGAUUAACAUUUGAGGCCUGAAUCCUCAGUUUCUCUUCAGAUCUGUACUUUGGUACAGUAUUACUCAGGGGUCUGAAAUGACAGAAUGUAGAAGAUAUUGGUAUUUAAAAAAGAAGUAGCUUUGUCUUUCUCUGUGCAGUGUUAGUUUAAAAUUUAUAAUCUUCUAUGUAUUGAAACUUUUGGCAAAAUUUCCACAGGAGUUAAAAAAGUUUACUACUUAAACUGAACAAACAUCAGUAAAUGCAGAGCAGGCAUCGUGUGCAUUUAUGCAGCUUCUCCUAGCUUAAUUCCUUUGCUUUUCCCAGUCUUUAAGCACAUCAUGUCCACGAGAAUAUGGAACAGUGAUUAAUCUUGUGCAAGAACUGAUAAAGUUGAGCCAAUUAAAAAGGCAGUUAACCUGCACCCGCACCGUUUGGCUGGAAUUAAGCAGAUGGUACCAGCAAACCUAAAUGUCAGGCUGAGGUUCUGUUGUGCAGUGGAACUAGUUCGUUUCCUUUCAGGGACUCAAGCAAAGCUGCCUUUAAAAGACACACUGAAUAUUAGCCACCUUACACUGACAACAAAACAAAUUGCUGAAAUGGGAAAUAGAGCCAUAGAAAGAGAGAGAAAUGUUUUACUUAA